AUGUCUUCUCCCGUGUGGUUCAUUACUGGGACUUCACCUGGUUUCGGGCUCCUCCUUAGCCUUCAAGCUCUUCAUGCUGGACACAAAGUCAUUGGCACAGUCCGGAAUAAGCAGCGUUCAGCUGACGCUGUCCAGUCGAUCGAACAAGCAGGUGGCAGUGUCGUCGAGCUUGACAUGACUGAACCCCGAGAUAGCAUUAUCAAGAAAGUGCAGGCAGCAGAGAAGAUACAUGGUAGAAUCGACUUCCUCAUAAAUAAUGCUGGCUACUCAACUCUAGGACCAGUCGAGUUCUUUACUGAAGACGAUGCCACCUAUCAGUUCCGGACGAAUGUAUUCGGACCACUCUUUACGAUCCAGGCUGUGCUACCCGGAAUGAGAGCACGCCGUCACGGAACAAUUGUGAACAUCAGCAGCGUUGCUGGCCAAGAUGCGCCAGCCAGUUGCGGUCUGUAUGCAGGGAGCAAAUUUGGCCUGGAAGGUCUAAGCGAGGCUCUGGCGAAAGAGGUCGGCAGUUUCGGCAUCUCGGUGCUCAUUGUCGAGCCAGGGGCGUUUCGUACGAACUUUUGGCACGCGAGCAUUUUGAGGAACGUCCCGGCAGAUAUAGGGUAUGAAGGUACACCGGUCGAUACUGUCCUUAACAAGUUUCGUGAUUCUGCUGGUAAACAAGCAGGCGAUCCAGAAAAAGCAGUAGACAUAAUAUUCCAGGUGGUUAGUGGUCAAGGGGCGGCUGGUCAUUUGAAAGGGCAAGUAUUGAGGUCACCGUUAGGCAAAGAUGCAGUUUCUCGUAUUGAAAAGAAGCUUCAAUUGGUAAAGACGGAUGUUGAACUUUGUCAUAAACUGGCGAUAUCUACUGACUUUAGUAAUUAA